AUUAUUCUUUCGAUUGAGAUGGCCGAUCCAGAUUUUGACACAAAGAACGGGAUUGUCGACGGUCCAACGCCCCCGCACACCGAUCUCUCGGCCCUGUACAAGCAGAGCUUCGCUUAUUACACCUUCCGUGUGCGAUUGCCUUCGACCUUGGCCACCAUUGCCGCCUCCCUGGCCAAGGACAAGGACGAACUGCUGGCCACCUACGGAGUUGCAGCGAGUGCGGAUAUUGAACAAACUACGAAGGCCGUGACGCAGUUGAGGGAGGAAAUCCUAGGCAAUGCUUCUCUGCUGCCCUUCGAGGGCAAAGAACCGGACACUGAGCUGUGGAAUUCAUUCCUUGAAAAACUUCCAGCCGAGAAAAGGACCUACUUUAGUUCAUGUUGGCUUUACGCCGAGUGUUAUAUGUACCGUAAAAUCUCGUCUAUUUUCCGGGGCACCUCCCAUCUGGCCGCCCACGAUUACUUCAGUCCGCAAAAGCAAACGGCCACAAAGCUGAGCGUGGACGCUAUGCUGGCGGUGGCCAAGGCGACGCGGCAUAAUGAGCGAAAUGCGGACACUUUCCGGCAGCUUAUAAAACUGAAUUUGUGGGGCAAUCGUUGCGAUCUAUCCAUCACCUCCGGCAAACAGGUCAAGCCUACUGGUAACGCCUUCGACCAAGUCACCGACCUCGAAGAGAAGCUGCUGAUAGAUGGCACCCUGGACGUCUGGAAAUCCCUUGACGGCGGUUCUAGUGCUGGCAUCGUAGACAUUAUUUUCGACAAUGCCGGCUAUGAGCUGUACACGGAUCUUAUCCUGGCUGAGUACAUAAUUGACAAGGGUUUGGCGGCGAAGGUGCGUCUUAACCCAAAGGCCAUUCCUUGGUUCAUUUCGGACGUGAUGGAGCACGACUACCAUUGGACGCUGCGAUUCCUGGCGGAGCACUCCGAUCCUGUCUUAAGUGAGCUGGGGAAAAAGUGGCAGCGACUCACGGAUGAGGGCAAGUUUGAGCUAGCUCCCCUGGAACACUUCUGGACGAGUCCGUAUGAGUUCUAUCGCAUGCCGGAAGUUAACCCUGGACUCUAUGACCGUCUCAAGGAGGCGCAGCUGGUGAUCUUCAAGGGUGACCUUAACUACAGAAAACUUUUAGGAGAUUUCUCUUGGGACAGCACGGAAUCCUUUGAAACAUGUCUAAGGGGCUUCCGUCCCUCGAAUCUCUGUACUCUGCGGACUGUGAAAGCGGAUCUAAUCUGCGGCUUGGGCGAUGGCGUAGCGGAGCAAUUGUUCGCCAAGGACAAGGAGUGGAUGCUGACAGGCGAAUACGGCAUCAUACAGUUCGCUAGCAAGUAGAGAACUAAGGUCGGGGACGUUGUUAAAUAGUUCAAUUGUAACUUAGUCAUUAGAUUAAAUUGUUAACCAAAGAGUGGAUAGCUUUUUAGGAGAAAGCGGGGCUUUGGAACUCCUUGUAAAUAAUACAAACUUCCUUUUUGAAGCUCUGAUUCCAGUGGUUCACUCUUUGUGAAGGCCUUUUGCAAUGUUAUCCAAGCACAUUAACACUCACACGCAUGUCAGUUGCCCAGAGGGCAAAUAAAUAUUUCAAAAACUA